UAAAGUGCAAAGAUCCCUCUUGGAAGAUGCACCGUGAAAUACAGAAAAUGAGGGAAUUUGCCCUUGUUUACCUUGACAGAAGUGGUGGCCUUCAGAAAUUCGUGCACGAUUGCAAAAAAUAUAAUGACUCAAAACAAAGUUAUGCUAUUUAUCGUUUCAUUAUUUCAAUAAAUCCUUCUGAUAUUGCUGAACUAGAUGCGACUCUUGGAAACUACAUUCUUCAUCAUCCCAUACAAGCUGCACAGGUUUUUCAGUCAGUAUGCUUCAUAGCUAUUAAGACAUUAUCAUUAAUUGAACAACUGCAGACAGAGGCCCAGAUUAGUAUACUGCUGAAACCAACUCAUUUGCCACCUUUACCAAGUUAUGUUCUGAGUCUUUCUGCGUUUCCUUUUAAUUACACGUCUCAAAGAUUUUAUAUGUCUGAAGGAAUAGCAAUUGCAAUGGGAACUGUAACAAAAUACACACAAGGAGCAAGAUUUCUUUGUACUGAGGAAACCUGUCCAUUUUCUGAAGGGUUUAGGUACAUAAGAGUGCAUCUGCCUGGAGCUACGGAAUCUGCCACAGUGAGGAACGAUUUUGCGUGUAGUUUGUGUUCUUCACCACUGCAGGAAGACAUGAAAUUUAGAGUGCUUGGUGAUAAACAAAUAGUUGAAAUGAUUGAUGCAAAAGUUCUUAAUGCUUUGAAAGGAUAUUCCAAUGAUAAAUCACAUUUUAGGAUUCAGACAUUUACAGUUUUCUUGAGAGAUGAACUGGCCAAUAAAAUGAAAAUAGGAAACCACUACAAGAUUAUAGGAAUUCCAGCUUGUGUACAAAAUGGCUUGCAAGCCACAGCAUGUAUAGAAGUCAGUAGCAUACAGCUCUGUAAGCCAAAUGGUCCUUCUCUUGUCAGUGACAAUUUUAAGUACCUGCUCUCACUGACUUCAAGUUCAUACUGGAGGUUUACAGCUGUCCUUGCCAAUAUCUUUGCUUCUCAAGUUGUUCCACCAGGCACCUACAAUACUCUUAAACUCGCAAUAUUGCUGAGUCUAGUACAGACAUGUGAAAAAGAAAAUGCAGAUUAUCUGGAUCUCUUGAUAGUGACAAGUGACACGCUAGUAAUUGAUAGGCUUCUGAAUUACAGCAUAUGCCUUCUGCCUCGUGGCAUACGACACCCACCUUCCAGUGAAAUUUUUCCUUCUGUGUCCAAAGAUAAACACGGAACUGGAAGUGCUAGUAUUCACGCUUGCAGCGCUGUGCUGGCUAAGGGUGGUAUCUGUUACAUAGGAGAUUUAUCUUCAUAUAAAAAGGAUAAACUUGAACUUCUACAGUCCGUGCUUGAGAGCAGAACGACAACAGUAUUCAUUCCUGGGAAGAAGUACGGAGAAGAGGCUGACCAGCAAGUUACGAUUUCAGUUCAGACCAAUUUUUGGUCUUUUGUAGAUGUGGAUUCUUCCCCAAAGAAACAUACGCAAAAGGAUAAGUUUUUAAUUGGACAGAUGGACGUGAGUUUGAUUCCACCUAACCUUCUAGAUGUUUUUGGGCUUUUGAUAUACAAUGAGUUUCCUUCAUGUCGACUGUCUUCUCCUCUCAUUCAUCAUAUCUUGAAGAAAGCCAUGAAUCCUGAAGCCGUGCUGUACAAAGUCUCACAGCAGUUCACAAUGCAGGAUUAUGAGAAGUUCAUUUUGUUUGCUAAGAAUCUUCACGUCGAACUGAGUUCAGAAGCCGAAAACCUCAUUCAGGGCUACUAUCUUGCAAGUCGCAGAGUGAGGAGAGGUUCUGUUCAUGGAUCAACAGUAUCAGCAUCUGCACUAAGAAUUCUGAUUUCACUGUCGAAGGCUCAUGCUAAACUAAGUUUACGAAAGAAAGUGCUUGAGGAAGAUGCAUUAAUUGCCAUCUUGUUACUUGAAUCGGCUCUUACCCUAAAACAUGGCAAGUCUGCAUUGUGUGUAGCGCCAAAUCCUGUAUUCCCCUUUGACCUCAGUGAUGAAAACUCCCUGCAACAGAGAGAUAGUUACCUCAUGCAGUGUCACCAUCAACUGCUGAAGUUUAUUGGUGCAUAUGGCCCAGGAAUUCACAUUAACACUAAUGAAGAGUGAAAACUCCACUCUGUAAGUAAAGCCAGACACUUCCACUUUAGUUUUUUGAGAGACUGCAGUUACAUUAAGAACUUUAUUAGUUGCAUAUUUCUUUUGUAAGACAGUUCAGUGCUGUUUUGCUGAGGAAUAGAGCAUAGCUGACAAGAUUCAGUUCCAAGUUUUGUGACAACAUUGUCUGAAGGCAGGAGUGAUGUCUCCAUCCUGGGAGGCCAUGGCUUCAGAAUAAAGCCGCAAUCUGAACUUCUCUUCUCUGCUACCACUGUUCAUCCACAGUUAAGUGACAGCAGUAAAGCUGGGUUUUUAACAAGACUACAACUAACAGUUAAACCAAGAGUUUAGAAUCCGUUUCAUUUCAACUGCAUGAACUCUGCAGUUUUUCUUGUUGCUUCUUUUCAAAUGUAUCACCCACUGAGGGCCAAAUAGUUUUAAGUACAUUAAAACUCUUGUUCUAGAGUAAGCUGACUUUCAUUAUUACUCAUGUUCUAAAAGGUAUAAAAGUAUCACCAGACUGCUUGAUGUUCUAUGUCUUAGUUUAACACCACAGCAACAUAGUAUUAGACCAGGAUGCCUGUGUGCUCCUGCAAUCUGAAAAAACCCUCAGUAUUUCCACAUUACUUUAUAUAGACAGCAGGGGCUAGUAGAACCCUACAGGAAAAGUGUGUGUGGGGGGGGAAACAAAAAACGUUAUUAGAUGACCUGGUAGGUAGGCAGCUCAGCAAGUUCAACUCGACCUCACUGC